AAGAUGUACUAAAUUGUGAUAAUAACUCCAAUUGUGAAGAAUGUAAAAAGGUGAAUAAAGAUAGGGUUGAACUGGAAGAGUACCUUAAGGAGAAAGAUAAUGAAAAAAGUGAAACGGAAACUAAACAAACCAUUGAAAAUUAUAUCAAACUUAAUCGUCAAUCUGUAUCUGAUAAACUUACUCGAAUGCUUUCAGCCAUCAUUAUCCGAAAAGGUCUGUCAUCUGAAUCUCUUGAGAUAAUCAACAUGCAUUUAGAAAAUUUCAUAAUAAAUAUGCAAAGUAGAGGUUUGCCUGAUCAUAAGCGUAUACGAAACAUUGAAGAAAUGUGGAAUGCACUGAGGUCUAAUAUAUCAUCAAAAGAUAAGGCUACACCGGUAGAGAGACUAAUAGAUGAUGAGGUCAAAUAUUAUUAUAAUCUAUUGCCAAAUGAUCUUCAUAAUAAAUACAAAAAUGGAAUCUGUCCAGAUUUAUCUAAAUGUAAAGCAUAUAAACCGAUGAGUUAUAAUGCUUUAACUUCGUUCUCUCAAUGUUUGGAAAAGAAAGACGUCCAUGAUCUUCAAGGAAAGCUUGAUACUUUAGCCGAUCUAAUCUUCAAAGAUAAAACUUCUCAACAUAUUUAUCCUGGAAUUGUAAAUGAUCUCAAAAAAGUAAUAUACAUGACGAUCGUCAAUUUUCAAAAAACUCGUAGCAAAUUUGAGUCUGAUUUCAAAUGGAAUGUUCAUUUAUAUGCUUUGUUAAAGUUUAAACCAAAAAUGAAGAAAUUUCAAGACGACUGGGAAAAGGAAAAUAGUUCACUUGGCAUACUUGAUCAAAAGAAAGAAGAGUACUUAAAGAUCAUUGAUACUCAGCUUCAAUAUGGACAUUCGCUUGUUUCUGAGGGUCAUACUGUUGGAGACUAUUUAUUGAGAGUUAUUCAUAAAAAAGCAAUGAAGGCGGGGAACUCUGAACGUGUAAGAGCGGUCAAUGACAUAGCUUGGAUGACUAAUUCAGAAACAGUUAGACUCAAAUAUUUUGUGGAACUUGCCGAACAAGUUCAAAAAGGUGAUAAAGAAGCAGCUAUAUCUCACUUUUUAAGUCCUGAAUUAUCUAUAAAAAAUUGGUUUGUACGUACCGUUAAUAGAAAUAAAAGUGGAAACCCAGAACGAAAAUACAAAGAGACAUUUAAUGCAGAAUUCGAACGAGUUCUUCAGGAAAUUUGUAACUGUAAAAAUUUUGAGGAAAUCAAAGUUUACGUAAAUAAUUAUAUGACACAUGUUGAUAAAGUGGACUAUAAGUUGGAUCUUAAGCAUACCCUAAUUAAAGACGGAAGCUUCAAAUUAUUCCAACGUAUAAUCAAGAAAGAACUUGAAAAUAAAGGGGAUGGAAGUUAUUCAAACCCCGAACCUUUUCAAGACCCAUCUGACGAUAAAUCAAUUAUGAAAAGACUCGGAUGUACGGAGACAUGUUAUUGGUGCGGGGCUUUGUGCUGGGGAUCUCGAGACCAUCAUGAAAAUAGCGACAUGACGAAAGUUCAUCAUACUAGCCAUCAACCCCGUGGUCUUUCUGGAAAAAAAAAUAAAGCUACACUUGAGCUUAGGGCAGUGCCAUGUCAUAAAAUGACGGAUGAUUUGUAUGUGUGGUAUCAUGGUAAGAUGUGUGCAACUACAUGGGGUAACGCAAAAGCUCGAGAUUUUUCAGAUUGGAAAUUCGAAGCUCACUGCAAUGGAGUUUUUAAUGACCUUAUGUGCUGGUUUUUUGAAAAGUUGCAUCAUAAUUUGGCAGCUAAAUGGGAUUGUAAACCAGCACCUUCUAAGGAAAUGAGAGAUCACGGUUGUCUAUUCUUGAAUUAUUAUAAAAUUAUUAGCACUAUCAGAACCAAAUUGUAA